AUGAGUUUAACUAAAAGUAGUAGUGCUUCACAAUUAACAAGUCUAACAAAUGAGAGGAUAGAUCCGGUAUCUGAGGGCUGGAUAUAUGCCAAUAAAGAGCACUCGUUUGGGUUCAGCGACGCCGAAGUAUCGCUAAUGGACAUGGAUUAUGAUAAUGACGACAACGACAAUCAUAAACGAUAUGAAAUAUUAUUAUUACCCGACAUAAAGCCAAGCACUGGUCAAAUCACUGCACGACUAUCGCCACCACUGAUGACACAGUCAUUAUCGAUGAGUACUGUCGUGUUUGAUACAGAUCUCGGUGUUUGUAUGACUAGCGGUGAUCACGACAUCGAUGCCGACGUUUCGCCCACAAGAAUAGCAUUAAGUAAUAUACAAGAGUUUGUUGAGACAACUGUUGUCUUAAGAAAAGAUAAGAAAAAUGAAUUAGGAAUCAGUAUUGUUGGCGGAAAUGACACUUAUCUGGAGUCAAUUUGUGUUAAAGAAGUGCAUAAAGACAGCGCUGCCUAUAGAGAUGGAAGACUACGUAAAGGUGAUCUCAUAUUAGCCGUUAACGACCGAUCAAUGCGCGACAUAACCUUCAAAGACGCCGUUCAAGUGCUCAGAGAGGCUCCCAGUCCUCUACGGCUGAUUAUACUGAGAGAAAACGCACAAAAGUUAUUCACAACACAUCAAUGUCCGACCAAAUUCAUUACAGUUGAACUAAGGAAAGGGAGUAUUAAAGAUAAAUUGGGAUUAAGUUUAAUGCAAAGGACUAAUGGAAGAGGAGUUUUCAUUACAUAUGUUCAACCAAAUAGUAUUGCCAGUCAACACCGGGCCAUUAGUCAGGGUGACCAGAUUCUUGAAAUUAACGGACAAAAUGUUAGGGAGAGUAACCAAAAGGACGUCUCACAGAUAUUGUAUUCAUUGGACGGAAAUUUAGUACUAUUGUUAGGUAGAGUGCCGUCACUACACGAGUCCAUUAAAGAAUGGGCCCGAAGAAGGGCACAGAUAUUUUUGAGGACCCGGACCAGCACCUGGUCGUCAUCAGUGGGCAAUUGUAAUGAAAAACUUCAGGCACAGAGACCCAGCCUUCCCGUCAAUAAUAAAGACAAAAGUUAUUUCCAAAUGAAUUCAUUAUCACCUGAUAGUGACAUAGGAAUGACAUUACCGACACUUAUUUGCCAAACAAUUAAUAAUAGUAUGACUGAUAUAACUAAUGAAACACAACAACAGUUAUGGAGUAGAAGUUCAUCCCUAAGGAGUCAGAAAAGGCUGAGUAUUGUCGCCGAAGACUCCAAACAAAGGGAAUCAAUGGACAGUAAUUCUGAUGAAGAACUUGACUCAAAACAUACGACAACUUAUGAUAAUAAUAAUAUUGUAACACAAGUUUCAAAACAAAAUCCAACCUCAGAUUCACCCGAUAACCCAUUAUUGCCUUCAAUUAAAGUCACAGAAUUUUGA